CCCCUCCGCCCUGCAGCUUCGCGCUCCCGGCGGCGGCGGCGGCGGCGGCGGCGGCACGGGCUCCGGCGCCCAGGCAGCCUCGGAGCCCAUGGCGGGCAGCGACACGGAUGGCGAGAGUCCGGCGCGGAGAGGCGGCGCGGCGCGGCGGCCGGGGACGCCGGGCGGGCGAGGAAGCGAGGCUGCCGCUGGCCGCCCCGAGCCGCUGUCCACUGCUGAAGAGCCGGCCGAGGGCGCCGCGCUGCCCGCCUGGAUGCGCCUGUACUUCUACGGGAUGCACGGGAUCACCCUGGACGUGCUCGUGUCCUCCGCGCGGCGCUUCGCUCGCAGCCCCGACCUCCGGAUGCUGGGCUUCUCCUCGCCCUACGGCUGCCUCCUGCACGCGCUCACCCACUUCGCCCUGGAGAAGGUCUACCUGCAGAAGCGGCGCUGCCCCAGCGCCUUGGUCUUCGAUUUCCUCCUCUACCCCUCGGCGCACGUGGGUUUGCAGACCCUGGCCGGCCAGGCGCUGCUGCUCAGCCUGGGCGGCGGGCUGGGGGGCACGGGGGCGCUGGACCUGGCGCUGCAGUACCUGCUGGCGCUCUACCACUCGCAAGUGUUCCUGGAGCGAUUCCUGCGCUUGCGGUACCGGCAACAGCAGCAGCAGCAACGGCUGGACGCGUCCCCCGCGCCUCCCGGCUCCCGAGCCCCUGCGGCAGCGGGGGGCCGGCGGCGGCGACCCCGCGGCCCCAGGGGCACCGAAGGGACGCCCAGCCGGGGAUUGCCGGACCUGCUCCGCUUUCUUUUCUUCGGAAUGCACGGCUUUUUGGAUGAGAUCUUCUUCACCUUCUUCUUUAACGUGCUAGGGCAGGGGGACGGGGCAACCAGCGGCCACACGUCGCUCUGGUCCUUCCUUAUGUAUGGCAGCUGCAGUUUCGUGGUGGAAAAGCUCUAUUUCUACCUUCACUACAGUCGCGGCUGGAGCACCUGGCAACGGGUGCCCAUCUACGUGAUCUUCAUCUAUGUGUGGGAGUUGUCUUGGGGUCUGGGUCUGCGCACCUGCGGCGCGUGUUCCUGGGACUAUUCUCACUACCCGCUCAAUUUCAUGGGUCUCAUCACCCUCAUGUAUUUACCUGGUUGGAUAUUCCUUAGUGUGUACCAGGACCUGCUUUCCAACGUGUUGUGGCGUGUGCAGUACUUACCAACUAACUAAGACCGCCCCCCACCCCCUAAAAAAGCCUCUGGAUUCCCACGAACGAAUGCAAUUUGUUUUUACACCUGUAAAAUGGAGUGGGGUUUUUCUAGCCUUUUGGUUUUUAUAUGUUUUACUAAACUCUUCCAACAUGUUUCAUUCGAUAUUUUAGUUUUUCUGACUAUUUGGAACCUAUGCAUAAUACGAUACUUUGAAAUAUUACUCGAAACAUAACUCAAAGUACUAAGCUCGUCAAUAUUUUAAAACCCUUACAAACCCAAACAACAAAACCAUUAAUUAUAUCUUAAGAUCGGAAAGCUGUAGUAUUCACUUAUUUGGGCAUAGGUGAGUGAUAGCUACUAAUCCUUUUCAUUUUUUUUUUUAAGAAUAAAUUCUUCAUAUCAGAGACCAGUGAUUUUUACAAGAUUUAGCGAAAUUUUCUGAAUUAAUGGUGUGUUUACUUUCUUUUAAAUUUUACUCUAAUUCCUUGCCAUAUUUACCACUGACCGCUGAAACUCAGUGUCUUGUACUUCUGAAACUCCAGUUAAUAGAUCUUAAAGUGCCUCCUCUAGCGCACAAGUGAAAAGAAACUAACAAAUGUGAAAACACAUCCUAUGAAAUGAUAUUUAAAUAAAUCUUUUCUAGCAACUCCGACAGGUGACACUGUGUUAAGAUAUUUGAUCUCCAUCCUGAAAAUGUUUGCUUUCCAAUGUGGGUUAGCCUUAAAUGCCAAAUGUGUUAACGUUGAUCAGAUCUGUGUUAUCUGUGGCUUACAUUUUUGUUACUGUUCAAUAAUGUAUAAUAUUCACCUUACACGUACAUCCAAGAGCCAAGGGAAAUUACACCACCCUCAAUAGUGUUCUAACUCAAGAACCCUUUCCACUUGGAGCUUCAAGAGUAGAAACAGUUCCUUGGAAUAAAAUCAAGCUGAAUGUUCACCCUAAUUGCAUUAGGCCUAAUUGUUUUUGUGGAUACAGGUAUGUGUUUUCAGCACACUUCUGCCAUGGCUCACUUGUAAACAUUUUUGUUUUUCUUUUGGGGCCCACCACAGAGCUCUUGGGCCAAACCUGAUGUGUAAUGCACAUUAUAGAUCAAUGAUAGCUUUUUGGUGACUCAUUAGUGUUAUCAACUUUGGAACUUCCAAAGUUAAAUGAAAUGAUGUAAGAAGUCAUGUCUAAUCAAUUAAUGUACUUUCAGGUUGUUUGCUGUUUUUAUUAUACUUAGAAAAGACAAGUAGAAUUGACUCAGCCAAGAAUGACUAAUACCUUCUCAGUUUUCAUUACAAAGAUAAUUAGGAAAACUUACAGUGAACAAAUGAAUAGUUUCCUAUUCAAAUUAUUAGCUUGCUUCUGCUAUAAAAGGGAACUUCUUUCUGUUCUCAAAAAAUGUCUGCUAUGGCAGUAAAAAUGAAUAUGUAUUUAGAUUUGAUUAAGUCAUACUUGUGUGAAUGUUGUAUUAAUCCACUAUCUGAGGUUGUGAGCUAAAUUAUAAGUAAUGCUAUAGAACCA